ACCGAUGGUCGUAGUCGGCUUCUUCUAUUCGUUUUUGGAGCUGCGUAAUGUCGUGUCGAUUGAAUGACUUUGGCACUAAGUAAAGCCGAUUACUAUCAUUAUUUUGUAUCAGUACUUAUUCAAAACGGAGUACAAGAAUUACAAAACAUUCGUUGACGAAGAGUCGAAUUAUAGAAAAAUGGAGCAAGAUUCGAGACGUAAAGGACCAAGAAGCCCUAGUGCAGAUUCAGAAGAUUCAUCUCAUAGAAGAAGAUCAAGAAAGUACGAUAGAUCUCCUUCUCCAAGAAGAAGUAGAUAUCGCCGAUCUCGUUCUCGGGAUAGAAGAUCGCGUUCAAGUUCAAGGGAUCGAAGAAGAAAAGAGUCCAGUCGUUCGCAACAAGAAUGGAAACAAUCGGCAUCUCAGACUCAGACUUCUACCCCGAACCCAGCCAAUCCUGGUGGCUACGUGCCACCAGUUCAUAAUCAGUAUCAGGCACCUCCGCCUCCAAAUACCAGUCAACCGCCGCCACCUUUAUCGGCUUAUAACCAGGGGUACAGUACCUACAACUACAACUAUGGACAAGGCUAUGACUAUAGUUACCAGCAACCUACUAGUUACCGCAGUGAUUAUCCACCACCGAACUGGCAAGGGAACCAGGUAUCUUAUAAUAAUCAGCAGCCACCACCACCGCCUACGUUAACAUCCCAACAAGAAUCGUCAAGACCAGUGGACAGUGGUUCUUCUGGAUUGGUAUCGUCUUUGGCAAGACCGGAGGAUGCCAGGAAAGAAGCAGCAAUCGCAGCUGAAGUAAAACAGCAGAAAGCAACGCUGGCUAAACAACGCGAAGAAUAUGUUAAGAAAUCUGCUACGUUGCAACGUGAGCUGGAAAUUUUACGUCAACAGUGCGAUGAAAUUGGUAAAGAGGGUGGACGGGAAAAUAAUCGCAUCAUUAAAGAAAAUCAGAAGUUGCAGAUUGAAAUACAAAACAAAAUGAAGUCGAUACACAACGUUAUCGACAUGCUUACCGGAAUUAUAGGAGACAAAGCUACGGUAGACGAUCUUAAAAGCAAGUUUAAAUUAGAAAUUAACAAACGUUCACGAAGUCCUAAAGAAGAUUUUCCGAAAGGAAAAUCAGAGUCACCUGAUAGAUCGUCGGCAUCCGAUUCUGACAAGGAGUCCAAAAUUGAACGUGAGACGAAAGAGCGAAGGUCUCCUGAAGAUUCAAAACCAAUGUACAAUUUCGUACAUUAUGAUCCAGAAAUGCACUGGUGUAAAGUCUGCGAUAUAUUUCCUAAAACGGCAAAGGAAUAUUUGAAUCAUCUGCAUAGCAAUGAGCACAAAGAAGCAUGUUUAGAACGCAAGAUAGUUGAUAUGCCAUGGCAUGAGCGGAAUGGAGAGGGAACGGAAAAGGAAGUGCCCUAUUAUCCUGGACUGCCAACGAAAAGAACACCAAUUAAAGGUUUGCAGUUCUUCAGUGCUGCGACGGCAUGGUAUUGUAAACUUUGCGAUUCCUGGAUCGGCGAUCUCCAUUGCGCGAGUUUGCAUUUGAAAUCCAAACAGCAUUCAGAGAAUUAUUCUCGUUUUGUAGACCAGAAUCCUCAUUGGGAAACCGAUUGGAUGGCAGAUCGCGAGAAAGCUUUCUCCGAGGAGAAACACAAACAGAUCCAAAUGGAACUGCAGAAACAUAAAGAGGACGAUCCUCCGCCGAAGAAGAAGUCGAAGAAAAGCAAAAAGAAGUCGAAGAAAUCUAAGAAACGAAGGAACAGAAGCAGCGGUAGCGAUAGUUCCAGCGAAUCAGAAAAUUCCGACACCGAUUCUGAUCAGGACAUGUCCAAGAGUAUUCGUGUUGCUAUGCGUAAUAAAAUGAAAGCAUCGACUCAAGCGAUCCUCAACGAGGAAAUAGACUAUCAUCGAAUAAAACUGAAAGGUCAUUGGUCGAAAAUGGCACAGCAUUUGAAUCAGCCACCAACUCCGGAACCGCAAUCGGUAGAAACCGACGAGAGGCAAUUGUUAAAUUCGAUCAGAGAUAAACUGAAGGCUAAACAAGAAGAGGAGAUGAAAUCAAUCAGUAAUCGAAGAUUGAGCCAAGAGAAAACAAUUGAAGAGGAAGAAGAGGAGGAGGAAGAGGAAGAGGAAGAAGAACCAGAGCAAACCUCUUUCUCGAACAAAGUUAAAGCAGAGAGUUUAGAAGCUUGGGGGCCAAAAGAACCACCUAAGCCUUUUUGGAUAAAAAAGGAAGAAGAAAAGCCGCAACCAAUCGCUAAUAAACCAAUCGAACUACCGAAGCCGGAAGAAAUGCCAAAACCACACAUGGGAUUUUGGACGAAACAGCAGGUCAACAUGACCGUUAAGCCGCCCGAAAGUUGCAAAUCGAUGGAGAAAGAAGAUGAGAGAGAACGCGAGAGUGAAAGAUACAAGGACGAUCGCGAUAGAAAGUACGAGAGACGGGAGGAUAAAUACGAACGUUAUAACAGAUACGAAAGAAGACGUGGCCGGGACAGAGACAGGGAUCGAGACAGAGAUAGGGACAGGGACAGGGAUAGGGACAGAGAUCGUGACAGGGAAAGGGAGAGGGAUUACUAUGAUGAUCGAAGGAAACGAGACAGUAAUGAUUCUCCGCGACGAGAAAGAAGUUGGCGCGACAGUCCAAAAAGAAAUUACGAUAAAUACGGCAAAGAUAGAAGAGAUGACAAUUCGUCCAACGACGAGUCGAAAUUUGAAAAGAAAACAAACGAGUCCGCGUCCAAGUCCAAGAAGGGUAGUAUGCCUAGUAAAAAGUCAGCACCUCAGGUAUCUAAAGGCAAGUUACCCUUUAUUGGUAGAUUACCGUUGUUCAAGAAAAAAACAGAAGAGCCGAAGUUGCCUGAAAAGGAUAUCACCCCUCUCCCGUACCAGCAAAGUAAAUUCGAGGAUACACCAAAAGUUCCCAAUGAAAUCAUCAAUCCCCCAGGUGUGGUUCAUAUCACUAAACUUGCUACUCCGCUUAAUCUUGGUAAUAACAGCAACAGUAAUAACAAUAGCGCCGCUAACAGUAGUAACACCAGCAUUCCACCUGUUCAAAACAAUAAAAAUCAGUCGAUGAAGAUAUUAGUAGCUCCGCCACCGCCAGUAUUGAACGAAACAAAACCGACGCAACAAGUAGUUGAUAUGGAAAUCGAAGAUCAAACCGAGGAGACGGUGAUAGAGGAGCCGAUAAUAGAACAGCAAAAGCAGGGUGUAUCUAAAUUACCUUUGCCUCCUCAUCCUCCACCACCGUUAAACAGACCACCGCCAUCUUUCUCGGCUCAACCGUCGCAGCAACAGCAAUCCCCGCAACAAUCUGUCCAAACCAGACCACAAUUCCCUACAAACCGACCACCGCCACCGUUCUUGUCUAAUCCACCACCGUUCGUUCAAAGUCAGCCACGAUUCUCUCCUCAUCAACCGGUACGUCCACCAGUACAGACUCAUCCUCCUUAUAUGACAAACCCUCCGCCCCAAAUGCCCACCGUUCCUCCUUUCGUUCAGAAUCAUCAGAAUCCACCACCGCCUCCGUUACCAACCGUCGAAGGCGCGACAGCGGAUAUCGCUGAGAUACCAGAACCUACCGAGAAACGAACCGAUCCCAGCAUUCCUUUGCCCGAUGACCUGCAAGAAGCUCUGAACAUUAUUUUCCCCAAAGAAGAAACGGAAACUAAGCAGCAAAACAGCCAAGAAACAAAUAUCAUGUAUUCGUCUAUGUAUAGUAUGUUAGGCUGCGUUGGUUACGGGCCAGAAUAUAUGGAUCAACCACCACCUGAGAUCACGCAAGCUGAAAGCGAGGUGGAUACUCAACCUGGACCAGAUGAUUUAAAGAUGUUAGGUAUUGACGAAGGAGAUACAAUCCUGUAAAAUUUUUUUAUAGAAUCACUUAUGUUGACUAAAAUUGUCCCUUUUGAUAAGAUUCAAGUGUAUAUCUUAAUCUCGUUUGUUUAACCCUUCCUUCGAAGUGAUUGUUGUUCAUAAAGGUUGGUCAAUCGCAAAUCGACGAUACAUAUGUAUUUCUCGAUGUACAAUUAAUUCGUAUAGUAUACAUGUUUGAAUUUAUGUAAAUUAAUGAUAAUUAUAGAAACUAGUAUUUGAAAUAGGAAAUAGUAAAUGUUUCUCUUUACGUUUAUUGAAAACUAAUCGAUUGAUGCUAUAGAGUUGAGUGAAAAAGAAGGUUGCAAAAGAAUCUUAUAAAAUAUUUGCUAUUUUUUAUUGGACAUACUGUUUUUGCGUCAGUUUAAUUGGAAAAAUAUAGAAGGAUAUUUUUAAGAAUGCGCUGCAACUUGAACAUCUUAAUGUUGAUGCAGUUAUUUUCUAUUGUACAUUCAUAGUUGAAAUUUAAAUUUUUACUAAAAUAUGGAAUUUCGAUUGAUGAACUGUGUAUAUGGGUAUUAUAAUUUCAAACAUUGUACUUUAGAUAUGUAACAGAAGCUUUAGUUUUCAUAAUACAUUUACUUUAAACGUCGAUAUGAACACGAUAUAUAAACACAAUGUUUUAUCAAAUUUCUAACUGUAAAUUUGAUUUAUUAAAAUUAUUACAUUAAUAAAUGACGGAAUCGUGUAAAAUGAGAUUUAAUAUUAUGAAGGAUGAAGGAACAAAUAACAGAACAACUUUAUGCAUUGUUCAACUCUAUUUGAUUUCUUUAUUGGAUUUUUCAGUUUUGGAAAACUGUUUUACAGAACCUUUUAAAUACUAUAUCACAUAAUUUCACCCCGAAAGCGCAUAGUUAUUUAUAAUAAACCAGGAUAUUUGUUUUCUUCGAAGUUACUAAAUACACGAUAAAUGUCAAUAUUGCAUGGCACUGUGUAUAACGUGAAUUUUUCUUUAGAUAGUAGUAAUAUGCUCAAUGUUCUUAAAUAGUAUUGUCGUGAUAUUCGAAUAUUAUAUAAUUUAACAAUUAUCUUGUUCUACGUUAAAAUAAAAUGAGCCAUAAGAAACUUUUAAAUUACUAAAGUAUUCUACGUAUUUAUGCAUAGAACGUCAAUCGUGGAAGCAACACGUGCACGUGGAAUGAUAUUUUAUGGAAUGAAUUAUAAUUUAAAUAUUAAAAGUUUAAGCCGAAAUCUAAUUGAUUCUGUGAGUGGCAAA